GUUUUUUUUCUUUAUAUGUUUACACAGUUUCGUACAGAAGGAUUCAAUGGAUACUCGACGCGUUGGAGUCCCUUUUUCGAGAAUAAACUUGCCAUCGCAACCUCCUCUAACUUUGGUCUGGUAGGUAACGGUAGGCUUUUUAUUAUGGCCUUGGCUGGUGAUGGUAUGGUCGUCGAAAGAGCGUGAGUAUCGUAUAAGAAUAGAAAGACCCUACUUACAUGAAUAGUUAUGAUACUCAAGAUGGUUUAUUUGAUGUUGCCUGGAGUGAAGUCAAUGAAAAUCAAUUGGUCGUAUCAAGUGGAGAUGGUUCUAUCAAAUUAUGGGAUACAACAUUAGCAGACUUUCCUAUUCAAAAUUGGCAUGAACAUCAGCGAGAAGUGUUCUCAGUAGACUGGAAUUUGAUCACAAAAGAUGUAUUCUCAAGUGGAUCUUGGGAUCAUACUGUCAAGAUUUGGAAUCCUCAAUCGCCAAGAUCAUUACAGACAUAUACUGAACACACCCAUUGUGUCUAUAGUACAGCAUGGUCGCCUUAUAAUCCAACAUGUCUUGCUUCUGCAUCAGGCGAUCAAACAGUCAAGAUUUGGGACACACAUAGCCCACGCUCUGUCCAGACUAUCCGUGCACAUCAUAAUGAAAUCCUCUCGCUUGAUUGGAACAAAUAUCAAGACCAUAUGCUUGCUACAGGCUCAGUCGACAAGACAAUCAAAGUGUGGGAUCUACGUCGUCCUGACCGAGAAGUCAUUUGUCUUCCUGGCCAUGAAUAUGCUGUUCGUCGUGUGCGUUGGUCUCCACAUCGACCCAACAUCAUUGGCAGUGCUGCCUAUGAUAUGAGCGUCCGUUUCUGGGAUACAGCAGCACCCCUUGGUCAAAACCUGAUUCAUGUUCAUGAUGCACAUACAGAAUUCGUGCUCGGUCUUGAUUUCAAUCUCUAUGUAGAAGGGCAGGUGGCUACCUGUGCAUGGGAUGAAAGAGUCAAUGUGUUUAUGCCUCCUCCACUCUUAAGGCGAUAAAAAUAAAAUAAAAUAGGUUUUCAAGAAAAGCGAUUUA